CCUCUCUUUCUCUCUCUCUUUCUCAGCUACUUGCAGCAAAAUUGCAAAGUAUCGAUAGAAACUUGUCUCUCUCUCUAUUUCUUGGUUGACAAAGAAAAUAAAAUUUAGUUCCUUUCUCAUUUUCUACUUGCUCUGUUUCUUUGAUAUUAUAGUUUUAUUAUCCAGCCAAAAGAAAAACAAAAAACACUGCAAAAUCUCUUUAUCCUCACAGUUUAAUCUUUUUCUUCCUCACCUUUUCAAUUUCUAUUGAUAAGUUUACACCUUUUUGAUCUUUGAGCUAUAAUAUAGAAAGGGUUUUGUUUGAUUCGUCACUCAAAUCAUGGGGAUUUGCUUGAGUGCGCAGAUUAAAGCUGAGAGCCCAAGUAAUACAGGUGCGAGUCCAAAGUAUAUGAGCUCAGAGGCCAACGAUACACAAAGCAUGGGAAGCAAAAGCUCUUCUGUUUCCAUCAGAACAAACCCUCGAACCGAAGGAGAGAUCUUGCAAUCUCCAAACCUCAAAAGUUUCAGCUUUGCUGAGCUUAAAUUAGCAACAAGGAAUUUCAGACCAGAUAGUGUUCUUGGUGAAGGUGGAUUCGGUUGUGUCUUUAAAGGAUGGAUUGAUGAGCAAUCUCUUUCUGCAUCCAAACCGGGAACCGGUAUGGUUAUUGCUGUCAAAAGGCUUAACCAAGAUGGUUGGCAAGGUCAUCAAGAAUGGCUGGCGGAAGUGAAUUACUUGGGACAGUUUUCUCAUCCUCAUCUUGUGAAACUUAUCGGUUAUUGCUUAGAGGAUGAGCAUCGUCUUCUUGUGUAUGAGUUCAUGCCUCGUGGAAGCUUAGAGAAUCAUUUAUUCAGAAGAGGUUCGUAUUUCCAACCGUUAUCUUGGACUCUCCGGUUAAAAGUUGCUCUUGGUGCUGCAAAAGGUCUAGCUUUUCUACACAGCGCAGAGACUCAAGUCAUAUACCGCGAUUUCAAAACUUCGAAUAUACUUAUUGACUCGGAUUACAAUGCCAAGCUUUCUGAUUUUGGAUUGGCUAAAGACGGUCCAACAGGUGAUAAAAGCCAUGUCUCUACACGGAUCAUGGGUACUUACGGUUACACAGCUCCUGAGUAUCUCGCGACCGGCCAUUUAACGACCAAGAGUGAUGUCUAUAGCUACGGUGUCGUGCUUUUGGAGUUGUUGUCUGGACGUAGAGUUCUUGACAAGAACCGUCCACCGGGAGAACAAAAGCUGGUGCAAUGGGCAAGACCGUUUCUUGCAAACAAACGAAAGAUAUUCAAAGUUAUUGAUAACCGUCUCCAAGAUCAAUACUCAAUGGAAGAAGCAUGUAAAGUAGCUACUCUGGCUCUGAGAUGCCUCACUUUAGAGAUAAAGCUGAGGCCAAACAUGACAGAGGUUGUUUCUCACCUUGAACACAUCCUAACUUUGCAUGAAGCUGGAGGAAGAAACAUCGAUAAGAUCGAGAGAAGGAUGCGUAGGAAAAGCGAUAGUGUUGUGAUCAGCCAAAAACCAAACGCAGGUUUUGCUCGGCAAACAGCUGUAGGUGGUAUAGCUGCUGCUUAUCCACGCCCUUCUGAUUCACCUCUGUUUGUCUGAGCAAGAAACGAUGAGAUGUUACACUGUUUAGUUUCGGAUGUACAGUUUUGCUUCUGCUUAUGUACCGUUCAUGGCUCAUUUACAAGAGACUUGACAAUUGAGAUCUUUGUAGUGAGAGAAUUGACUAACAUAAGCAUAAAUGAUCUCU